CGCCGCAUUGGCGCUUUCAGUUGAAUUUUAGAUGCGCAUGCCCUCUCAACUUUCUUCUCUCUUGUCACUUCCGGGUAGCUAACUCAGUUGUCACGUAGAAAAAAACUACGAAAUCCAUUUGACUGAAUCAAGAGACACAAAUUCAUCAUUCUGGUUUUAAAACAGAUCGUGAGAGGGUUUGGACUUAGGACCUUGUUUACCUCUGUUUCACACAGAAUGGCGAAGUACAAUGUUAUGUUUGUCCUAGGAGGUCCUGGUGCAGGAAAGGGUACCCAGUGUGAGAAAAUAGUCAAGGAAUAUGGCUAUGUACAUUUAUCUGCUGGUGACCUUUUAAGGCAGGAAAGAAAUAGACAAGGAUCCCAGUUUGGGGAGGAAAUACAGUCUCACAUCAAAAAUGGAACAAUAGUACCUGUUGAAAUUACAUGCUCUCUCUUAAGAAGGGCAAUGGAAACAAGUGAAGGAAAAGACACAUUUUUGAUUGAUGGCUUUCCUAGGAAUCAGGACAAUUUAGAAGGAUGGAAAAAAGCAAUGGAUGAAAUAUCAGUUGUGAAAAUGGUUUUAUUUUUUAACUGUAGUGAGGAAGUAUGUAUACAGAGAUGUCUAAGUCGAGGACAGACUAGUGGUAGAGCAGAUGACAAUAUGGAAAGUUUAAAGAAAAGAAUACAUACAUAUUCAAACUCCACAUUGCCAAUUAUAGAAUAUUAUAGAAAAUUAAAUUUAUUAAAAGAAAUCAGUGCUGAUAAAUCUACAGAUGAGGUUUUUGAAGAAGUAAAGAAAGCUCUAGCAACGAUCAGUUCUUAACAGUAGUUAAAUUUAAUUGAUAUUUAUGUUAUCUGUGGGUUUUUAUGUGCAACUUUUUUUUAAAUGUGAUUGUUAACUGCUAUCGUCUACAAACAUGCUGUUAGUCCUGUUAUAACAUGCCUCACUAAAUCAAUUAUAACAUAUCUCACAUAAUCAAUUACUGUGAAAGUCCUUUUAUUCAUGGGUAUCAAUUUUCUAGGUUGAGCCACAGUUACAUGUAAGUGAGUUGGUGAUACAACUAUGUAUGCAUAUAAUAUAUAUAUUUUUGGCACAUUCGUUAAAAAUUAUAAGGAAAAUUACCCCUUGAAAUGGCUUAAACAUGAAUUAUUUGUGUUAUAACAUCAGUUUUGGUCGUAUUUUCAAUAAUUCUUAGCAGUUUAAAUUAUUAUUUUCUUUUGUUGCCAACCAUGAUCUAGAAAGUUUGUGUCAAGGUCAUAUUUGGCCUAAAGUGAACCCUGUCCUUGCCAUGCUAUUCACAGAGAGAAACAAAAAUUGGUACUCCAAAAUAUUAAAGUAUUUUCACAGUAUGAAAUGUCUGUCCAAAUUAAUUAUGACAUGUCUAAUCAAACCAGAAAUUUUGUAUUUUUGAUGCAUCAAAACCAAGAUAAAUUAUUAGAAAUGCUUGAUUUGAUAGUAUGAAAUGCUCUAAUACUUUUUGAUGAAAUACUGGUUGAAAUAUAUUUUGCAUUCAACAUAUUUUGCAUUAAUCCAAUGGUUGACGUGUUACUUCAUAUUUCCUUUUUGGAGAAAAAUUUAAUAAA